AUGAAUCACGGAAUUGAGUGGCCUCAUCUAAAGGAAAUUCCGUUGGCCGAUCCAGAAUUCAUGGCCAAUGAUCCAAUAGAGCUGCUCUUUGGAGCAGAAGUGUGCUCCUUCAUUCUUCAGGAAGGUCUUCGAAAGGGGGGCCCCCGAGCUCCCGUUGCACAAAAUACGCUUCUUGGAUGGAUCGUGUCUGGAGGCUGCGAUGGAGCCACGACGGGAGGAAGACAUCCUCUCACUCCCAGUGAGCAGCGAUGCGAGGACAUCUUUGUUCGCUCUCAUCAACGAACUGCUGAUGGCAGAUACGCAGUGCGACUGCCGUUUGCCUCAUGGCCGACGACUUUCCUCGAGACUCACAAAUCCGCCGAGCACCUCUUGACAGUCAUGGAACGACGCUGUGACCGCGAUCCUCGAUUUGGAGAACUUUACCACACCUUUCUACGAGAAUACGAGGAGUUGGAUCACAUGGAGUUGCUUCAGGACUCGCAGUACUUCAAUGCCCAGCGAUGCUACCUACCUCAUCAUGGGGUGCUUAGAGAGUCAAAUACCUCAACCAAGCUGAGAGUAGUCUUCAAUGGGUCGCAGCGCACAAGGUCGGGUGAGUCACUCAAUUCGCAGCUGUUAACAGGCGUCAAUCUACUGCCGUCCCUCGCGGACAUGCUCAUGCGCUGGCGUUGGCAUCGCUACGCGCUCGUGACGGACAUCGAGAAAAUGUAUCGUCAAAUUCGCGUUCUUCCGGAAGACCAGGACUAUCAGCGCAUCCUCUGGCGGCACAGUGUAGCUGAUCCUGUUUGA